GCCUUCAGUGAUAUUUUACCGCGAGGUCAUGGGUCGAGUAAGAAACUGAAACAAAUAUGGCCGCCAUUUUAAGUUGAAGAAAUGUCGGCAAUUCCAGAUUUGUUCGCCACACAAGCGAUGUAUGAUAGCCAGUUUAUCAAGAGUAAAUCCGAUAUGUCAGGUCCGAUAGGACUCGAGGUUCAACAUCCAGAAACGGAAUACAGAUUAAAGAAAGUGUCAGAGAAAUUUAUUGAGAGCAUCCAUCUAAUGGUAAAUGAGCCGUCCGUGGGGCUGUACCGCAUACAGGAGCAUGUGAGAAGAUCUUUGCCACAACUUGUUGACAAAAAGAUGGAACUGAGGAGCUGUCAAAACCAAAUAAAUGGAGUUUGUUAUGAUCUAGACUACUCUAUAAAGACUGUACAAUCCAUGCAGCAUAUUCCGCAUUUCACUAUAAUACAGGAGUGUCUUAGAAGUGCCAUAGCAUCUAAGAAGAACCUUGAUGCAGCAAAACUUGAAAGGAGAAGUAAAAAAGUUGAUGAAGGGUCUGGGGCUCAGAGUGCAGAUGCUGUGUCUGAAGUAUCCAUUGAAACACAAGAUGUUGAGAUUGCCUACGAGGAAGAUGAUGAAGGAGUUGAAAGCCAUGCUGCCUGUGUCACUCGACAAUAAUGCAAUUGUUCAGAAUACAACUUGCUUAGAAUGGAAUACAGUAGCUACUGUAUAGUAUGGCUAUGCGUGGAAUAGAAUAGCCAUAAUAACAUGUGGAAUGGUAUAGAUAUGGGUGCAAGUGGAAUGGAAUAGCAUGACUAUGCAUGGAAUGAAAUAGCCAUAAUAACAUGUUGAAUGGAAUAGCCAUAAUAACAUGUUGAAUGGAAUAGCCAUGAUAAGAUGUGGAAUGGAAUAGCUAUGGCUUUGAGUGGAAUGGAAUAGCAUGACUGUGUGGAAUGAAAUAGCCAUAAUAACAUGUGGAAUGGAAUAGCCGUAAUAACAUGUUGAAUGGAAUAGCCAUAAUAACAUGUGGAAUGGAAUAGCCAUGAUAAAAUGUGGAAUGGAAUAGCUAUGGCUUUGAGUGGAAUGGACUAGCAUGACUAUGCGUGGAAUGGAAUAGACAUAAUAACAUGUGGAAUGGAAUAGCCAUAAUAACAUGUGGAAUGGAAUAGCUAUGGCUUUGAGUGGAAUGGAAUAGCAUGACUAUGCGUGGAAUGGAAUAGCCAUAAUAACAUGUUGAAUGGAAUAGCCAUGAUAAAAUGUGGAAUGGAAUAGCUAUGGCUUUGAGUGGAAUGGACUAGUAUGACUAUGCGUGGAAUGGAAUAGACAUAAUAACAUGUGGAAUGGAA